UCUCAACUACACCCUGCUACCUGCUACUGCUGCAAGUGGAACUCAUCUGAUCAUCACAACAAGAUGGCAUCAGCUCUUCAUUUCAUUGCGGUCCUCUGUUUGACCAGUGGGUUGUGUAUUGGAGCCAAUGCAUCAAGUGAAACAGAAUCAGAUCAUUGCUAUAAAACCUGCCCUGACGGUUGGACUGUGUUUGGCCAACAAUGUUACAUGUUCCACAACAGUGAACAGCAGUGGGCUGAUGCAGAGCGUUUGUGCACGUCUUUCGGUGGGAAUCUGGCUUCCCUUCAAACCGCAGACGAGUACAAGUUCAUCAGAGAGAUGAUUCGUAAAGUGACUGGUGUAGAUAAAGCAGCUUGGGUUGGAGGCUACGAUGCAGCAAAGGAGGGUGUGUGGCUGUGGAGUGAUGGUUCCAAGUAUGCCUUCAAAGGCUGGGCUGCAGGGGAACCCAACAACGCUGGUGGAAGAGAGAACUGUAUGGAGAUUAACUUUGCAGGAAAAGAUUAUGUCAACGAUGCCAACUGUGAUAUCAACAAAUCCAUUGUUUGUGGCAUGCGCCUGUGAAGAUCUACGCCUGACGCCAGGUGCUGAAACUUCCCCAAUGAUGAUGUCAAAAAAACCCUGAUGAUGUCACAGUUCUGAUAUAUUUUAAUUGAAUCAAUAAACAAAUAUAUCAUGUUCA